CAACACCAAAAUUAUACAGAUUAUUACCAGAUAAAAAUGGUUCAACAUAUAUAUCUUUAUUGCAUGCGGUAUUGAAUUUAUUUCAUUCGAACAAUAUUUUCAUUAAUCCAAAGUACAUAACCAUCGAUUUCGAAUUCGCUGCGAUCAAUGCUAUUAAAUUAGUUUUUCCAAAUGCGACAAUCAAAGGAUGCAAUUUUCAUUUUAACAAAUGUAUUUAUAAAAAACUGCAAGAACUUGGAUUUCAAUCGUCAUUCAUCAAUUCAACAUCAAAUGAUCCAAAUGGAAUGAACAUAAGAGAGCUUUAUAAGAAAACGUGCGCACUUGCAUUCAUGCCACAAGAAGAAGUUAGAAAUUUAUGGGUCAAUGUCAUGGAUGAAUUUCAAAAUAUUGAACGCAUUAAUCAAUUUUAUGAUUAUGUCACAAGUACAUGGAUAGACGACGAUGCAUUAUUUCAUAUAUCGUUAUGGAAUUAUUUCAAUUUUAAAAGUUUAAGAACGAACAACAAUUUGGAGGGUGGGCAUUAUCGUUUAAAUAAUGAUUUGAAUCAUAUUAAUCACCCAUUUUUAUAUAUUUAUUCGUGCAAUCCAAAAUGA